GCGACUCGCGUCAGUCGCAUCGUUAAAUUCGUUCACUUCGUAUCUUGGUCUCGUCGUCGUCUUUUUUGAUAAAACUUCUAUUUGGUAUUUUGCGUCUUGGUGAAGAUAAUGAAUAAUGGCUCUAUCAAAGAAAAGUUAUGUAAGGAGAUAUAGAAACGAGUGGGAAAGUGAUCCAGUAUUUAAAGCUCUGAGUAAGAGGAAUCUAUAAUACCUGGAAUCAACGAUACAAACGAAAUCGACGUCAUGGUGGCUGACAGUUUGCAUUGGUGACGAUACAAAAGCAUGGUGCAAGGCCUGUCGCUGUACGUUAUUCUCCCACAAGAAGGAUUUGUUAUUACAUUCCAAAACAAAAAAACAUGAUCAAUCUAUAAAACGAUCUAAUAUCGUCGGGCAGUCAAGUAAAAUGUCUAAUUUUUUUGAAAAGCCCAUAACAGAGCCACGAAAAAUUGCCGAAUUAAAAAUUGCCGCAUAUGUUGCUGAGCAUUCCAGUAUCAAAGCUGUGGACCAUCUAGGAGUACUAAUAAAAAAAUUGGAUCCAGCUUCUUCAGUUUUGGAAGGUCUGAAGUUACACAGAUCAAAAUGCACUGCUUUGAUUAAAAAUGUUAUUUCUCCUUGUUUCUUGGAAGAAUUGUUGGAAGAAGUUGGAGACAGCCAUUAUUCAGUGAUCAUCGAUGAAACUACUACCAUUGACACUAAGAAAGUAAUGUGUAUGAUUAUCCGAUUUUUCAGUGAAAAACAGAAAAGAAUUAUUACUCAGUUCUACAGAUUGAUAGAAAUAGAAUCUGCAGAUGCAACUUCCUUGGCUGAUGUGUUCAAAGCACAGCUAACUGCUGAUGGUCUCAACACAGACAAACUUCUGGGCAUAGGUGUGGAUGGUGCUAAUGUCAUGGUUGGUGAACACCAUUCUUUUUCUUCUAUUUUGAAGGAAGGAAACCCUGAACUGGUAACCAUAAAGUGCGUUUGUCAUUCAUUGCAUUUAGCAGCUGAAUAUGCAUUUAAGACCCUUCCUCGGUUUUUGGAUUUUCUUAUUAAAGAAUGUCACAACUGGUUUUCCAAUAGUACAAAGAGACAGAUUGAUUACAAGCAAACAUACAUGUUACUGUAUGAAGGAAAAUCUCCAUUAAAAAUAAACAAAUUAGCUGGCACUAGAUGGUUAUCGAGGUACGAAGCUCUCAUAAAAAUUUUAAAGCAAUGGGAUGGAUUAAAAUUACAUUUCGAGAUGGCUGCGUCCAGAGAACGCUGUUAUACUGCUGAACAAUUAAACAGUAUGCUCAAAAGUAAGACAAAUUUGUUAUACAUGACUUUUCUUGGAACUUAUCUCAAACCUAUCACCAUGACAAAUAAAAUAUUUCAAGCCACUAAUGCAGACCCUUUAAAGUUGCUAGAAGAACUUCAUAACUUAUUGUUGACCUACUUAACAGUUUUAAUACCUCCAGCACAGCUAGAAAAGGCAGACAAAUAUAGAUUAUCUAACUAUGAUUUCGAAAACUACAUCAUGGACUCGUCGUUCAUGAAUUUUGGAUAUGCAUUUAAUGAAAAGUCUGUGGGUAUAAGAGACCAUGAAUUAAAAGACGUGAAGCAACGAUGCAAAGAAUUUCUUAUAGAAAUAUGUAAACAAAUUCAGAGGAGACUCCCAAAUAACAUGAAAACUUUAGAAAAUUGCAAUAUACUAAGCCCGAAGAAUGCAACAUCACAAAUAAAACCGGAUAUUACCAAUUUAGCUAAAUCUUUUAAGAGCAUAUGUAAUGAUGUUGAUUCUGUUGUGCAAGAGUGGAAUGCUUUGCAUCGUUCAGUCUGGAAAUCCACACAAGACACCGAAGAGUUCUGGGUUGAAGUGUAUAAUUUUAAAAAUGCUGUUGGUGACAGGUCAUUUGGUCACGUAAGCAAAUUGGCGUUGGGGAUUAUGUCUUUGCCCUUCUCCAAUGCAGUUGUGGAACGAGCCUUCUCCCAAGUGUCCAUAAUAAAAGACAAACUUAGAAACAGAAUGGCCAUCCACACUGCCGAAUCCAUCUUAAGAAUUAGGUACACGUUGGUGGAUGGAUGUGUUAACUUUCAGCCUAAUAAAAAAAUGUUAAAAAAUUUUAAUACAGAAAAAAUGUACGCCGGUAGUUCGGGUACUGCUGACGAAGCGUCUGAAGAUGAUGAUUCAGCUAAUGAUGAUUCAGCGGUAAUGGAGGCUAUCGCUGAAAUAAUGUAA